AUGGAAGGAGCUAGUUUGCUACAGGAAAAACUAGAAGGAUUCUGCUUGGUGUGCUCAACGCAAACGAGCCUCGUUUGCCAUCGAUGUGGAGACUAUUAUUGCUCGAGGGAAUGCCAGCUGAAGGAUUGGCAACGUCACAGAUACAUUUGCUUCCCUAUUCCGCCUUUGGUGCAACCCACGAGGUGCUCCAUAAUUGCAAGUAUCAAUACCGAAAAUCUAUGUACUAAAGACAAUGCAUAUCCGCCGAUAAUAAAGCCAAAUGAGCUAAUUUCACCUAAUCGUGAAGUUGCAACGCCGUUUCCGAUACCAAUUCUGACUGCAGCCAUAAAUAAUAAUUUAGCAGAAUGCGAUAAGGAAAAUAACAAGGCGGCGGCCAGCAACAUAACCCCAAAAAAUGAAGCACAUAGUAAUGAUGAUCUGACGAAUACUUCUCCGCCCGAUGCAAACAUUCCAAACGGUUCAAAUGUGUAUAUCACUAGUUUUAUUUCAUCCAAUCGCUGUAUCAUACGCGAUGCCAGCGAAUCUGCUGAGAAAGCAUAUUUUACAGUUUUGGAAAAGGUAAACUCCUUAUGUCAAAAGCUGCCCAGAAAAUCAAAAAUCAAAUACGCAGAGUAUGCACUUUGCAAAUUUAAUGGACGAUACCAUCGUGUCAAAAGUAUAGAUAGAAAGAACCCUUCACGCCUCCUUCUGUUGGAUGAGGGCAUAGUAAAGAUGCUAAAUCUAGUUGAUAUGCGUGAAAUCGGCAGCGAGCUCAUGAAACUCCCUUAUUGCUCCAUGCAGGUGCAACUUGAAGAUACACCCCAUUUUCCUUACAAUCAAAGCUUUUUACGCCCAUUUGAAUUCAAGCAAUUGACGGCAACCUUUUUGUCAAAUGGGCGUGUUGAGCUAAAGCAAAAAGAUUCCCCAAAAUCUUUAAACGAGCAGAUUUCCGAAUUUGGUCAUGGAAACACUUCUGAUAAAAAAUCUAACGAGAGUAAACAAGUUCCAGAAGCUAUCAAAAACGAAGGUAAUGGUACAAAUUUACAAUUUGAAAGUCCUCAGAAUAUCCGUAAGGCUGUUGCUAUCGUCCACGACGCAAAUACAAAUAAUUCCCAACCGAAAGUUAAGGAAGUCAAUUCAACAAUUAAUCCAGAAGCUGUAAAAAUGGAUUCGCAUAAGGAAAUGCAACCACAAUUGAACGAAAUUAAAUCACUUCCAAUGUCGACUGCCGAUGAAACUUGCACACCUAAGGAGACGGAGAAUAACAACCAUACUACACCUAAACCUAUAGAGAAAUUGGUUAAAGAGCUGAAUGACAAUGAAAGUCCUUCUUCGCAUUCAGCACAACAGUAUGGUGCAGAUUCAGCCAAUGUGACUCCCGUGUUGUGCAGCCCUUUCGAAAUGCAACGCCUUUGUAAUAAAAGCGGAGAUGGAUUGGAUGCUUAUAUUGUGGAAAGCGCAAACGCUUCGCGGGGCAUUAUCGCUGCUUUCGACAAGCUAAAUUUAGAUGAGAUAUCUGAAAUGCGCUUUCUUUUAUCUAAAUUCAGCGAUCCGCGUCCUUAUCGCCCUGUCCUCAAGGAGUAUGUGAUCGCGUUAUUUGAGCCAAACGGCUGGUGUCGUGCCAAAAUCAUGGAUAUUAAGGAAAACCUAUAUUCAGUGCUGUUCGUUGACUAUGCUAAAGGGGCAACUGUUCCUGAGAAUUCUAUCCGUCGCUAUCCAGUUGGGCUAGCAAUGCCUUGCUAUACAAGUAUUUGCCUAAUCGAUGGUUUCCCGCAUAAGCCAUCACAGCGACAAAUUGAUUUUUUGAACCAGAAUUUAAAAUUAAAUACUAUUUUUCAUAUUGACAGCGUCAGCUACUUGCAGGAUAUGGCUUUAAUCAAGUGUAAAACAUUAAUUGACCAACUCAACAAGUUAUAAAAAGCCAUUUUUUUAUUUUAUAAUAUUUUAUACUUUUAAUAUGCCGCAGAAACUGCGAACAUUUUUUUAUACUGUGAAUUUUUUAAUAAUGAUAAUCUAUCGAUAUUUGUAUAUUGUGCCGUUUUUACAAAGAGUAUCGAUACUAC